GCAGAGGAGGGAACUUCCUCUGCCUCCCUUCCAGUCACCCUGAGCCCUGGUGGUGGCGGUGACGAUUGUGUGUGUCUUCUGAAGCUCCGUGGGUGGAGAAUUACAGUGUGAGGCUUUAACACGAGAAAAAAACCCUCCUCCGGAAAGGGACACAGCUUUUGCAGCACCUUCGCUGUGAAUCGAAUGCAUUUUUCAUCCCCCUCACCUGUGUAAUCCUUUGACUCGUCUUGUCAAGUUCCUGUGUUGUUUUCCCCAAAUAGACGCUGUUUGCCCUGCAGACUGAGGCUUAACACCUUACACUGUAGACUGUGGAUCCAGAGAACCUGGAUGGGGAAGCCAUGCAGGAGGACUUGGAAGCUGAUGUUUCUUUGGGUCACCUAGACAAUGCUCUUGUUGCAGCCUCACAGAUGGAAGGAGCAAAGAAGGCAAGUGAUCUUGAUGGUCCUGGAGCUUUGGAGGAAGAGAAGAACCUGAGAAUCAUCCAUGCAGAUGAUGGAGAAAAGGUGGAACCCUUGAAGGAGGAUGAGGGUGUCUUAUUUAUUGAUCCUGAAGUCCACGUUGAGGAGGAAGACUCGCCAACAGCAGCUGCAGCACCUCCACCCUGUGGGAAGGGAGAGCGCCCUUACCCCUGCAGCGAAUGUGGAAAGGCGUUCAGCCAGUGGUCAAAACUGGUGCGCCACCGGCGUAUCCACACGGGCGAGCGCCCCAAUACGUGCACUGACUGUGGCAAGUCCUUCACCCAAAGCUCCCAUCUGGUCCAGCACCGGCGGACGCACACGGGCGAGAAGCCCUAUGUCUGUGGCGACUGCGGCAAGGCCUUUUCCUGGAGCUCCAACCUGGCUCAGCACCAGCGCACCCACACAGGCGAGAAGCCUUAUGUCUGCCGGGAGUGCGGCAAGGCGUUCUCUCAGAGUACCAACCUUAUCAAGCACCAGCGUAGCCACACGGGCGAGAAACCCUACCGCUGCCCGGAAUGCCCCAAAAGCUUCUACCGUUCCUCGGACCUCAUCCAGCACCAGAUCACACAUACUGGCGAGCGCCCCUUCAAGUGCGAGGAAUGUGGCAAAGGGUUCACCCAGAGCGCCAACUUGGUCAAGCAUCGCAAAAUCCAUGCUGGGGAGAAGCCCUUCCACUGCAAUGACUGCGGCAAGACUUUCAUCCAAAGCUCGGAGCUCAUCCAGCACCAGCGCACUCAUUCCGGUGAGAAGCCCUACCAGUGCCAAGAAUGCGGCAAACGCUUUGGCCACGGCGCCACUCUAGUCAAGCACCAGCGCCUUCACAUGGGAGUGGAGCCUUACCGCUGCGCUGACUGUGGCAAGACCUUUGGGCUCAGCUCGGCACUGGAGCGCCAUCGGCGGUGCCACAGCGAGAGCCGCCCGUAUGCCUGUGGUGAAUGUGGCCAGAGCUUCUCCUUGGCCUCCAACCUUACCCUGCACUCCCGCAUCCACCGGGGCGAGAAGCCGUACCGUUGUGCUGACUGUGGCAAGUGCUUUGGCAUGAGCUCCACCCUCAUCCGCCACCAGCGCAUCCACACAGGUGAGAAGCCCUAUGCGUGUCCUGACUGCGGCAAGGCCUUUGUCCGUAGCUCACAUCUGACACAGCACCGCCGGACCCACACGGGCGAGCGGCCCUACCAUUGCGAGGAGUGUGGCCGGCGCUUCUCCCAGAGCUCCAACCUAAUCACCCACCAGCGCAUCCACAUGGAGGAGCGCCCCCACGUCUGCCACGGCUGUGGGCAGCGCUUUGCCCAGGAGGAAGAACUGCAGUGCCAUCAGCAGGAGGAAAAUGGGAAGUGCAGUGACAGAGGGGAGACCAAAGAGCCAGAGGGCCAUGCCUCCUGCAUGGGAGACAUCUGUGGGGAAAGCCACAUGUUAGCGCCACGUGAGGAAAACAACACAACGUGUACCAUGUGUGGGCUGAAGUGCAAAGAUGCAGCUGAACUGGUGGAGCAUCAGAAGAGCCACGUUGGCCAUCUCUGUAACAUGUGUGGCCAGAGCUUCCAGGAUGGGGCAUUGUUAGCACAACACCGAGAAAGCCACACCUCUUAUAUCUGUACGGAGUGUGGGAGGAGCUUCGGGGACUCUAGGGCCUUAGCUUGCCAUCAGGAGGAUCACGAAUCGUGGAUAUGUGGUGUUUGCGGGCAGAACUGCAAGGACAGCUUGGCUCUGGCACGGCAUGAAGAAACCCACUCGCUGCACAUCUGUGGCAUGUGUGGAGAGAGCUUUGUCGAUAACAAGGCGCUUGUGCUUCAUGAGGAGAGUUGCAAGCAGAACUCUAAGCUCACGUUUGUCUGGGAAUCCCCGAAGGCUCUUGCAUGCAUUGAUUCCAGGGAGAGCUUUGUAGUUGGGUCUGCUCUUGUGCAGCAUCAGGAAACGGAGGCAACGUGGGUCUGCCUGGAGUGUGGAAAAAGCUGCAAGGAUAGCUCGGCGCUGGCAGAUCACCAAAAGAGCCACCCGAGACCUCACGCCUGCUCCAAGUGCGGGCAGGCCUUUGUAGAUGGUUCAGCCCUCAUCCACCACCAUAUGACCCAUGUACAGGAAGAACUGUACAAGUGCCCUGAGUGCAAGGAGAGUUUUGAGGGCCUUUUGGCCCUCACUCAGCACCAGAGUGAACACAUUUGUGGGAAGCCAAACAAAUGUGUGGAAUGUGGGCAGGCUUUUGUGGACAGUGUUGCGCUCGUGCUCCACCAGAAGAACCACUUGGGGGACAAAGCACACAGCUGUCUAAAACCCAGAGAACCUUUUAAUAUUAACUCAGAUCUUGUUAUACGACAGAGGAACCACAUAGACUUGCCUGUUGAUGCAAGUCUUAUCACACCCCAGAAAAUCUUCUCCAGCAACCAGCCCCCCAAUGAAAGCUUGGUCUCUAGCCCCCAUGAGAACAUCCCACUGGAUGAACAUCCAUUUAGUGGCCACUCAGGUCUUACCGUACACCAGAGAAUCCAUUCAAAAGACCAAACUCUUGAUAGUACCCCUCGGAGAAACCCUGAGGAAGAGAAGGCAUCCUCUUGCGGGCUUAGCAUCCAGGACAGCUCCCCUCUUGCAUCAUACCAGCAAACCCAUGCUGAAGAAGAGUCAGGCCUGGGUACCCAGGAUGUUUGUUCAUUUAAAGAAAGCUCAGCUGUUGCUCCACUCCAGAAAAAAACUUCUGCCAUGGACAGACCUGCUCCCAUUUCUACUGAAAUGGCCGCCCUCAUCCGGCACCCAAGCACCAAGCCCUACAAGUGUCAUGACUGUGAGCAAAGCUUUGCAGAUGCCAACGGCUUGUCUUGCCACCAGAUUGGCCACAUGAAGGAACGGUUGCUAAAGUGUCUGGAGUGUGGCAAGGGCUUCCCAGAAAGGCUGGCUCUGAUCCGGCACCAGAUGGAACACACGGUGGAGAAAACCAAGGGUGGACGUCAGCAGCAGCCAAAAAACAAUCACUGCAAGGAAAAGGACCAUAGGAGUCCUCUGGAAUUUGUGGAGAGUUUCACAGAGAUUUCUGCAGUCCUUUUGCAGAGGGGAAACCAUGUUUCUGAAAAGGGCACACUGCCACAGUCAAAGGACCACGGGGCAGACAGAAAGCGAAGCUUGGGUGAACCUCUAGAGGCCACGCAGCCCUACUUUCCCCUUGAUUUGGGGAAGACCUCAGGCCCUGGUAGUGUACUGGCCCAGCGCCACCAUGUACAGCAGGAUAAGGGUAGAUAUUUUGUGCAUUCAGAGCCUGGGAAGAUCCCCCGGAACAGCUCGAUAUUGUUGCAGCACCUCCAGAACCACACGGCAGAGAAGCCCUGAUGCUCUGGGACUUGUGGGAUGUGUCGAUUCCAGUGAGGUGGAGGGUAUGACCCAUGAUGAUCUGUCUUCUGUCGUCCUUCCUCGAUGCCUGGGGCCUACUAAGUUGGGGGCGGGGACACCUGGACAUCAUUGGGGCCACCAGGUCUGCUAAGGGUUGCAGAUGUGGCCUCAAUGGAGAGAAGGUGUUACAGCCAUUCUCACUAGGAUGGGGUGUGCAGGUGCACAGAAUUGAAUCAGGAUGUGUUGUAGCAAACCGUGCAGGUUGGGAAAUCCUUACAUUCCUUACCCGCAGAAUACAGUGUGACUCCAUCUGUCCAGAUACCCUUUCCUUUUAGUUCAUUUCUUCCUGGUCUCCCUGUCCCCAAGAAAGUGUCUGAAAUCACACCUCUUUAAAGCAAGGGUGACAAAGCCGAGGCCCUGAAGAUGUUGCUGGACUGCAGCUCCCAUCGCCCCUGACCAUUAGCCGUGUUGGCUGGGGUUGAUGGGAGCUGGAGUCCAGCUGUACUUGGAGGGCCUCAGCUUAGCCCACCCCUCCUUUUGUAGCACCUGUGGCCUUCAGGAUGUUGCUGGACUGCAAAGUCCCCUCAGCCUUGACUACAAGUAUUGGCCAGGCUGGCUGGGGUUGAUGGGAAAUGUAGUUCACCAACAUCUAGAGGGUGAAAGGUUUCCCACCUGUUUUAUUGUUUGGGAUGAACCACCUGACAGCGGAUGGCCUUGUGCAGAAUGUGGAUCAUGCUAGGCUGAGAGCGGACUAUGUGGGGCAGAGCAAUGAUGUGAAAGGACAAGCAAGAAGGUGUGUGUGGGGUCAGACUUCCAAAAUCCAUUUUUCUCCCUCUGCCCCAAAGUCAUUGCACUUGUAAGCAUUUCCCAGAGCUAUUCCAUUGCAUACAGAUACUGUGAAAAAAGUUGGGAGAGGAGAUGUUUCUUUCUGAAACAUUUUAAAAUACUCCCCUCCUUGAAAUGGUCGCCUUUGGUAAAUUCUGUGUUUCCUGAUGCUUGCCAUUGGCCUCUCUUGGACACCCCCUGUUCUGACCACCUUAGUAGGAUUUUGAUGGGUGGUUUUAGGAGUAUAAAUUGAAACUUGCUUUCUUCUCCCCUGGCAUAGUCCUCUUGAUACCACGUCCUGGUAAAUGGCAUUAGGAAGCCAGGAUAUUCCUUUAGCAUGUGUGUUUAGAUCUCUACUCCAUGGAAUAAAACCUAGAGAGCAAAGCAGAAUAUAGAAAGUGAAGCUGGGAGGGGCGUCCCCAUGGGUUACUUGGUCCAGGGCCGGGCCACAUUCAGCCUCUGCAUGCUCUUGUUAGAACUGCAGUUUUGAGGUUUUUUAAAAAAGGGGGGGAAUGUUUCUAGCCCUCAUGACUGCAGAAAAUAACAAAAGAAAGGUAGUUUUCCACAAAUAAUAAGAAGAAUGUUGUGAAUGUUACCCUCCCAACUUCAGGUUGAAUGUCUUGCAGUUAACCUGUGGGUUUUGCAAUUGCAAGGAGCUGAGACCUGUAGCAUGGAUUUUAAAAAAUAUAUAUUUAUAGUCUAGGGAUAUUCAUUCUUACCACAAGGAUUGUGAUAUAGGCCACUGUAGUUCCUAUUUCACAGAAGUAGGAGGAAAAAGAGUGUGUCUGAGAUCAUCAUCUGAUGACUUUUAUUUGGGAUUCAAUCUGGAUCACUAGAGGUCUGAGUUCAACACUCCACCUACUGGGUUUUGUUUGCUUUCUGGUCUUUAGGGAAAGGCAAAUGUGCGGAAGAACAGCUGUUAAGACACAAAGAAGAAUGGAAGUUUAUAAUCUCUAGAGAUGCUGGGAGAGGAAGGAGUUCUAGAGAUGGAUGACAAUCAAGCUGCUCUUGUGGCUUACUUUGUAAUAUCUGCAGCUGAAUUAGUGAUGAGAGAUACAGAAGUGGAUGGACAAUUGCUAUGAUCUAAUAUGGCAGUUUCUGGAUUCCCCUGUUUUUCUGACCUCGCAUUCACUCUGGCCCAUCUUGUCUGCUUUUGGCUCUGCUAGGUGAAACACUGAUGAUCAGAAAUGGGUCUCUAUGUAUGUGUGUGAAUAAAUAGGAUCUACUUGGCACAUCUUAAGUAAAGCAGAUUUUCUAGAUUUCUGCACACUCAAUGUACAGUAUGUCUGACCUCUUCUCACUGUAUUUUUUUUUUCUUUUUGGUCCAUGCUAGACUUUUACCAGAUACUUCCCCUCCUUACACAAUUUUAGGUUGGGUAGCCAUUUAGUGUGAACUUCUACCUCACCCAUUCAAGUUGUAUCAUGCCCAGCACUUUGUACAUAGAAAGUGCUAUAAAGAUGAUAAAAGUAAUAAUCCUCAACAGCAGCAAAACAAAUCUGUUUGCUGGUGGAACUCCUUGACACAAGAUAUACAUGGUAUCAGCCUCUUGUCACAUUUAGACUAAAACCAUUUUUUCUAAAUCUUAGAAUGCUCUUCAGCUGUGAAUCCUUUUCUUACUCAUCUGCAAUUCUGUACCCAUUUCCCUGGGAGCAGGCCCCAGUGAAGUCAGUGGAACUUACUUCUGAGCAGAUACAUAUGGGAUUGUGCUAUGAGGCUUUUCCUAAUACGUUUUUUUAAACAGAUCUCACUCAUCCUGAUGCAGCUUUGAUUUUCAGCUUCUUUCCUAGUGCUGGCAUUUACUGCACGGAUUCAACUGGGCUGUACCGUGAUCCUUGGCAAAGCAGAGAACUUGGCUUCUUGCUUCUGCUAAACCUCCUGUCAGUAGAGCCCCUUGCCACAUCAUAUCCAUAGCAAGAUUGAGAGUUUAGGAGGAUGGACACUGAGACCAGCAGUGGCUUGGGUAGAUACCGGCACAGCAUACAAGACCCACCUUGGAAACAGUCCAUUUCUAUAGAAUAGCGGUGGGGAAGGUUGGCCCUCCACAUGUUGUUGGACCACAACUCCCAUCAGCCUUGCGUAUUGGCCAUGGUGGCUGGGGUUGAUGGGAAAUGGAGUUCAGCAUAAUCUGGAGAACCAAACAUCCCUCACCCAGCUAUAGAACUAGCCAGUUCACACAUCUUCUUCUCUGUCAUCAAGAAACUGAAGCUCCCCUAAACCCCAUCCAUAGCAAUAGGUCAGUGCCCCCAGCCUUAUUACCCAUAAUACACUUGUUUUGCUCUGCAGCUAGCAAUCAAGGGUGGGGCAGGUGAAGGCAAUAGUGGUGCAGGACUAUGCAUUGUUCUUUGCUUUUUUUUCCCUCCAAGGAAAUGGUUCCCUCACUUAUCCUAGUGGGGCCCCUUUGAACCGCUGUGUGUGUGUGUGGGAAGAGUCACCUGCUGCUGCAGCAUUGUCAAAACACAGAUCUGCUGUGUGGCUGCAUCAGGAUCCACGCAACUAUACAAGCCAGCUCACAAGCUGCUUAAGGCAGCACAAGUCAAAGGGCGCUGGCAAGGUCAGAAGCAACAUGCAGGUCUUGGUUUCUUGUACAGCACCCAGCUACAGAAUGGAAGACUGUGUCCCAGGCUUCUUUGUGACACCGAGAUGGUCUGCCCUGCCUAGGCUGGUCCAAAGAGCUUCAGCUGCUCAAUUUGGAUGAGAGGCCACUGGAAGACUUCUGCACCCCUCCCCCACAAGCUUAUUGAGUCUGAGCAGAAGAAAAUUAAGCGUUAAUUAAACCAAUACUUUGCCUUUUCUCUUCCUCAUCUUCCCUCCUUCUUUCUCCCCCUCACACCCUAUCCGUCAGUCACAUUAUCUCUCCCCCACCCCUUUAUUUGAUGGGUCUGUCAUUUUGGUUCCCAACAGCACAAUCUUAUGCAUCUGUACUUAGACACAAGACUCACUGUGUUCAGUGGGGUUUACUCCUAAGUGAGUGUGUGCUGGAUUGUAGCCUUAAGCACUCAUCUUUUGUAACUCAGGGUUAACAUCUCCCCACCCCACCCCACCGGAGAGGUCUCCUGUAGCAUCCAAAUAAAAACUGUGUAGGACUCUCCAUAUAUUUAUGUCUGUGACUUUUAGUUUUGGACAGGUUGGGAUUAUUGUCAUAGCAAAAAUCCAUUACCUCUUCCUCUGAAAAUUUCUGCUUGAUGGAUUCGGUGCUGUGGUUUCUCGCUGAAUUUUCUCUGUAAUUCUAGGAAUGUAUCGAACCUGAGACUAAUACAAACUCAAAAUUGGUUUAUUCAGA